CAGACGCGCAGCUGCCAGGAGAUCUGCGACGAGUCGCACAACCCGUGGAACUCGUGGGGCAAGUGCGACCAGACGACGGCGACGCAAGAGCGCACCCGUGCGAUCGUGAGCCCGCCAACGUCCGAUCAGCAGCCAUGCUCAACGUCGCAGACCCAGAGCUGCGCCGUCAACUGUGUGAUGGACAACUGGGGCCAAUGGACCAAGUGCGACGAGUGCACGGGCGUCCAGACCCGAACCCGUAAGGUCCUCAUCCCAGAACAGAACGGCGGCAACCAGUGCCCGCCGACCACCGACAGCCAGACGUGCGCCGUCACGUGCUUGGCGAGCGAGUGGAGCCCGUGGGGUGCGCCGGACAACACGUGCACGUGCAAGCGUACCCGCACGGAGAUUGCGCCAGCCAUCAACGGCGGCACCUGCCUCCUCGAGCAGGCCGACGCCACGUGCACGCAAAACUGCGAAGUCGGCGACUGGAGCGUCCCCGGCGAGUGCCUCAAGACCGGACCCAACGCCGGCCAACAGCGCUCGACGCGCACAGUGACCAAGAAGCAGUGCAACGGCGGCGCGGCGUGCCCCAAAGACCUCGAAAAGUUCACUCCCUGCAACGUCGACUGCGUCCUCAGCGACUGGUCGGACUGGAGUGUUUGCGACCUCAAGACGCAGCAGCAGACACGCACGCGCACGGUACUCCAGACAGCCUACAACAGCGGCGCCAAGUGUGGCCCGAAGGUCGACUACCGGGCCUGCGGCUCGUGCGCCGACAUCGUCUCGGCCUUUACGUACUCGGACUGCGACGCCAAGACGGGCACCCGCACCGGCUCGGCCACGUACCUCUACACUCCCCAGAACGGUCUCACGUGCAACCUCGCCGUGACCGAGACGUGCGCCGUCCACUGCGCGCUCUCCGAGUGGAACCAAGGCCAGUGCGCCGUGCGCGGAGACCUCGCGGGCCAGCAGGUCUGGACGCGCUCCGUUAUCACGGCGCCGCUCAACGGCGGUCGCCCGUGCGGUGACCUCACCAAGUACGAGCUGUGCGUCGUCAACUGCAAGCCGGGUGACACGUGGGGCGCGUGGUCCAACUGCAACGCGCAGGGCUUUUCGCGCCGCACCAUCAACAUCGACUACCCAGCGCAGAACGGCGGUCUCAACGAUGCGUGCUUGGUUGAAGAGCAAAAGACGUGCGCUGUUGAUUGUGUCAUCGACCCUGUCUCGGGCGACGUCACGCAGCCGUCGCUCAACGGCGGCAAGUCGUGCUACCAGAUCGCGAAGGAGAACGGCAUUCCGGGCAACUACCCCAAGUACUCGACCACGUCGAGCGUCUCGUUCAUGACGAUGCUCUCGAGCAACAAGUCGUACGCGCUCGCGGCCGCGGCCACGGGCGGCGUCGGCGUCAUGUUCCUCGUCGGCUUCUUCACGACGCGCCAGCGCAACGGCUACAGCUCGAUCGCGGGUCAGGCCUUGUAAACGGCGUCUUGCAUGUGGCAACGGUCGUCAUGGCAUUCGACCUACGUAUGAAGAAGAAAGUGUAUUUGUGAGUGAAUUAAUG